UAUUUUUGUAUGUAACCAAAAUUGAAAAGUAAACAUCUGUGACUUUGUCACCAUGAUUGCCAGAGUUGAGUGUGAUUAAACAUUAUUAUUGGUACAUUGUGUCCGGGUGUAAGGUCCAGAUGGUUGAGUGGUUGGCUUUUUGUCAAAUCCCCUGCAUGAAACAAAACUCACUCGUGGUGUCGCACGCUCAAAGUUUGCAGUUAUUGAAUAAAAAAAACCACUGUUGCAACCGAGCAUGGCUGGAAACAAGGGUAACAACUUGGAGGUGUCGGAGAAGAAGCCAAAAUGGCUGUGGAGCCCAAAUCGGGAAAGAGCGAACAAAAAAAUUGAUGAGAAUGAUGUGCUAGUUGAUCAGGGUAUUCACUAUCAUCAACCACAACAUCCUACGGGGGAUCAAGAAGAUGAACAAGCAGGGCACCGGGCGGUGUAUGUCGGUGUGCACAUGCCCCUGAAGUCCAGACACCAUCACAGACACCACAGGCAUAAACAUCACAAACACAAGAAGAAUGGUCUGGACGAGUCAGACUCCAGCCACGAUGUUGGCCCCUCGUCAGAAACACCUCUACUCAAAGAAGAAAGACCAGAGCAACCCCAACAGAGGGUCAAGUUCAUCCUGGGAGAUGAAUGUGAUGAGGAGCACGUAUCUCAUGAGGUGUUUACGGAGUUGGAAGAGUUGACCGUUGGUGAGGACGGGGAGGAGCAAACAUGGAAAGAGAUGGCUAGAUGGAUUAAAUACGAGGAGGAUGUUGACGUUGGAGCGGAUCGAUGGAGUAAGCCUCACGUCGCCACGCUACCUCUACACAGUCUCUUUGAGUUGAGAAGUUGCUUGAUGAACGGCACUGUGUGCUUAGACAUGGAAGCUGAAGAUCUGGUGCAGAUUGCAGAUCUCGUCCUGGACAAGUUAGUCGCCUCCAACCAGCUAGAGGAGGAGAAACGUGACCAGGUGCGAGAAGCUCUUCUACGUAAGCAUCAUCAUCAGUGGCAGAAGAAGCACAGAGAGAAGAGAGGCAGUAGCAUCUUACCCAUGAUUCGCUCCCUGACGGACAUCGGCAGGAGUCUGUCUGGAUCGGCAAGCGCUGGCAGUAGCAUGGAACAAGCCGCUCAAAUCUCACCACUCUUGGCUGCCCAUAUGCAAACCACGGCGGCGUCCACGCCCAACUUCUUACACCGACACAGUUCCGGCUCUGGGUCCCACCUCGCUGUAGACGGAGCAGAAGACUCCUCCUCAGGAGGAGGGAACGGCGGCAGAAAGGAAAGCUCCGCCUCGGCAAAUAACCUCCCUAAAGUGGCCAGCGCCACUAGCAUGAAGGCGAGACACAGCUUCAUGCGUAAGAUCCCACCCGGUGCUGAAGCCUCCAACGUCCUCGUCGGUGAGGUGGACUUCCUGAGUCGCCCGAUCAUCGCGUUCGUCCGCCUACUCCAGUCCGUCCCUCUAGGGGAUUUGACAGAGGUGCCCAUCCCUACCCGGUUUCUCUUCAUCAUGCUCGGCCCCCAUACCGAAGAGGAGACCAAGUACCAUGAGAUUGGCCGCUGCAUCGCCACGCUCAUGUCUGAUCAGGUCUUCCAUGGGGUCGCUUAUAAGGCCAAGACAGUGGAGGAUCUCUUGGCUGGGAUUGAUGAGUUUAUGGACCAGGUGACCGUCUUACCGCCAGGUGUGUGGGAUCCUGACAUACGUAUUGAGCCACCGAAGGUAGCGCCCCCAGCGACGAAUCGGCUUGGCGGUCAUCAGCCAAGCAAUGGACACAUAGAAGGUUGCGAUGACGACAACAAACAUGAGGGGUUGGAUUUCACUGGAAGACCCUUCGGAGGGCUGAUAGCCGAUGUGAAACGUCGACUUCCUCACUACUGCAGCGACUUCAAGGAUGCCCUUCAUCUACAGUGUGUGGCUUCAGUCUUCUUUAUGUAUUUUGCCUGCAUCACUCCGGUCAUUACGUUUGGUGGACUGCUUGGGGAGGCCACGGACAGUCUCAUGGCAACGCUGGAAGGUCUCCUAGCAUCGGCCAUUUGUGGUGUGUGCUUCUCGUUGUUCUCUGGUCAGCCACUAACCAUCUUGGGAAGCACUGGACCCAUUCUAGUCUACGAGAAGAUCUUAGUUGGCUUCUGCAAUGCCAAUGAUCUAGACUAUUUGUCGUUCCGCUUCUGGAUUGGGCUGUGGACUGCGUUGAUGUGCAUCGUUCUGGUCGCAACAGACGCCAGCGCGAUGGUCAAAUACUUCACUCGCUUCACGGAGGAGAGUUUCUCCAGUCUUAUCUCUUUCAUCUUCAUCUACGAGGCCAUCCAUAAACUCGUGCAAAUUUACGAACAUAACCCCAUCGAAAGGUGGUCCAAUCACAACAGGACCUAUGAGUGCGAAUGUCUCAUUGGGGAUACCUCCCAGGAUUGGCUAGAGGAAAAGGUCGCGGACUGCGAGGAAAUGAACGGCACGGCUGUCGGGAACUUCUGCGGUGAACAUGUCCCCUCUAGUGACGUGUUUCUCAUGUCGGUGGUCUUAAUGCUUGGCACGUUCACAAUCGCGUUCAGUCUGAAGAAGUCUAAGAAUACGCCAUACUUCCCUACAAUUGUGCGUACCACACUGAGUGACUUCUCUGUGUUUAUGGCGGUCUUAAUCAUGAUUGGUGUGGACUUCCUGUUUGGUGUCAACACCCCUAAGUUGCAGGUUCCAAGCACAUUCAAGCCUACUUCAGAUGCCCGUAGUGGUUGGUUAAUUCCUCCGUUCGGCAGGAAUCCGUGGUGGACAGCCUUAGCGGCGUUCCUCCCAGCUCUUCUUGCUCUCAUCCUGAUCUUCAUGGAUCAACAGAUCACUGCCGUCAUCGUCAACAGGAAGGAAAAUAAACUCAAGAAAGGAGUAGGGUACCAUCUAGACCUGCUGGUUGUGGGUAUCUUACUUGGUCUGUGCUCCGUACUGGGCCUUCCAUGGUUUGUGGCAGCUACUGUCUUGUCUAUCAAUCACGUCAACAGCUUGAAUGUAGAGUCUGAAUGUAAGGCGCCCGGUGAACGACCCAAGCUGAUUGGCUGCAGGGAGCAGAGAGUGACAUCAUUGAUUGUCUUUGUUCUGAUUGGUCUCGCUACUCUUAUGACUCCAGUACUUUCUCUUAUUCCAAUGCCAGUGUUAUACGGCGUGUUUCUCUUCAUGGGUAUUUCGUCCUUAGCUGGUGUACAGUUUGUGGAUCGGCUGCUGCUAUUCUUCAUGCCUCCUAAGCAUCAACCGGACUACAUCUACCUGCGCCAGGUCGGCUUGAGGAGGGUCCACAUAUUCACUUUCAUCCAGCUGUCCUGCCUCGUCAUACUCUGGGUCAUCAAGUCCACUGAUGCAGCACUUGUAUUCCCUAUUAUGGUAUUAGCUGUUGCAGUCGUACGCAAGUUGAUGGACAAGCUGUUCACUCAGCGAGAGCUGGAGAUGUUGGACGAUGUGAUGCCUGAGAUCGUCAAACGAGCAAAACAAGACCAGAAGAAAAUGGCAGAGGAAGAAGCAAUCGUAGCUGGGGACACCAUAGUAGGAGGUCGCGUCCAACUCCCACUGGCAGGAGGAAACGUACUGACGAUACCCGUAGACAAGCUGGACUUCAAUCCCGACUCAAGAACAAUCAAUAUCUCGGAGGAGAUGUCCAAGACGGGCAUCUGGAAGACCCUCGCGGCGAACGCCAACGACUCAAAAUUGUGCCAAUCCACACCAAAGAGACGAACCGGAAGAGAUGAAUCAGACGCCAAGCAGAGGAUGCAUGACAUGCCACUUAAACAGGAGAAAUUCAGCCCCGAUAUGGACAAACUACCCACCAUAGAUGACGAAGAAGCCGCUUCGAUUCCAUAUAGGCAACCCAGCGGGAGUAUAUCCGGGGAAAUCAGCAUCAAUGUUCCCAAGUUCACCAUCGGUGGUGAGGGUGAAACACCGGUAUAAUCACAGGGAAAUCACCACAGUGUCAUUUGGAUCACCAUCAGCGGUGAAAGGGAAUCACCAGUCUAGUCACUCUGAUCACCUUUACAGAAAUCAUUAUCAGCGCACACAGAUCACCAUCAGUGGUGAGUGUGAAUCACGAAUUAGUGGAACCCGGAGAAAUCACCAAGUGUCAUUUGGAUCACCAUCAGUGGUGAUAGAGAAUCACCAGUUUAGUCAGAUGGUGAGUGUGAAUCACUAGUGGAACCCGUUGAAGUCACCAGCAGGUGUCACAAAUCACCAUCAGUGGAUAUCGUGAAUCACCAGUCUACUUCAGAAAUCAUCUUCACUGUCACUCAGAUCAUCCGUGGUAAUAGUGAAUUACCAGUUGAGUCAUAGGGAAACCACCAUUGGCGUCA